AUGGGAGCGUUUCCUCAUUUCACUUUUUCAUUUGUAUUUUUUGCUGCGACGUCUUCUGACUUAUUCUUCCUCCUGGCAAGCAAGCAACCAACCAUUCGAGAAAGGAGUCGUGAGUUUGACUUUCAGAUCUAGGAAGUUUUUCUAGGCUCAUAGAAAGAAUAGACUGAUUAGAAUAAUUUAGUGCUCUCUUUUAAGAAUAGUUAUCGCAAAAGGUUUGAAUCCAAAUAUCCAAAGUUAGGGAACUUGAUAUUUUUUUCACGUUUUUAUAAGCUAGAUAUGUUCUAACAAAAAAGGAUUUCUAAUUUCUUUUGGAAAAAUACUUUCAAAAGCUUCUGUCGUCAUAUAUAGCAAUCUCGCAUAAUUCCCAGAAAAAUUCUAAAAUUUCUUUUGAAAAAUUGAUGAAUUUGGUGAGAUUUUCGCAAUAGAAUUAUGAGUAUUUUCCAAGACUUAUAAUUUUCAGAAUUUUUUUUUCUCAUUAUUCUGACCAGACUGAUUAAGAGAGACUUCUCUCAUCACGUGAAAAGUAAUUUUUUCCGACGGUCUUAAACCACGUCAACGUGAAUACUUUUUGACGAUCAAAACGUUAGUCGAACCGUCUUUCCAUGAUCUAUGAACUAGAAAUUUCUUACCAACCACCAAACUCAAUUCUCACCAUUGCACCAAUAGCUUUACCAGUAAUUCGUCAAAAACUGCACGAAGGGUUGGUUUUCGCAAGCAAGAUUUGCGUUCAGUCGUUUCCUUUUGCAAUUUUACAUAUUACAUAUAAGUCGAUAUUAACAUUGAAAAUAACUAAACGCCUCAUAUCACCAUUUGGGCUUGAAACAAAUCCAUAUGUCUGAUAUUACUAUAACAUACACCCAUUUUAGAAAAAAUGUUCAUUUUAUUGUUAGUGUAAAAAUUGAAGUUUUUCAAUAAUUUGAGAUAUUUCCGAUGGUUUUCGAAUACACGCAUCUAAAACCAACUGAUCACCCUCAAUUUUAUUCACCUUCACCAACCAAACACCAUCGGAAAUAUCUCAAAUUAUUGAAAAACUUCAAUUUUCACACUAAAAUGAACUUUUUUUGUAAAAUGUGUGUCAAUGUUAUUGUAAUAUUAGACAUAUUGAUUUGUUUCAAUCCCAAAUGGUGAUAUGAGGCGUUCCGGUUAUUUUUAAUGUGAAUAUCGCCUUAUAUGUAAAAUUGCAAAAGGAAACGACUGAACGCAAAUCUAAAUUGCAAAAACCCACCAUUGGUGCAGUUUUUGACGAUUUCCUGGUAAAGCUAUUGGUACAAUGGUGAGAAUUGAGUUUGGUGGUUGGUAUGAAAUUUCUAGUUCAUAGAGCAUUGAAAGACGAUUCUUACCCGUGAACAAAAUUUUGGGAGAAAAUAGUUUCUGUAAUUCUUGAUUCAUGACUUUCACGAACUCGGCUUCAAAGUUCAAAUAUAUUGCUGAACAUCAUUCUGAUUUCUGUUUAUCAAUAAAUCAGGAUCUAUACAUCAAAAUAUGCUUGAUUUUUGUCAUACUGCACAUAUAUUUUUUUUUAAUUGAAUGAUAAUUUUUUGAAAAAAACGAGUUCCUGUUCACAACUCGUCAUUCUAAUCCGUAGCUUUGAGAAAAAUAAUCUCAAAGAUAGAAAAAAUAUCAAAAAAAUAUCAAUCCACUAAAUAACCUCAAAUUUUCAAUCCAAUGAAAACCCAGGAGAGGUUUAUUUAUACAUGAACUCUAUUUUUUCAUUCUCGUGAUUUUAUUUUUAGAAUAGAAUUUGUUAUUUUUGAUUAUUGUUUUUUUGAUCUUUGAAAAUUAAAAUUUGCCAGAAAUCAUUGAAACACACAAGACUGAUUAUUUUCCCAAAAUUAUCUGAUAAUUUUCCAAAUGAUUAUUUGGAAAAUGUGAUCUUCCGAAUGAUUUACACGUUUUUACCGAUUUUAUCAAAUUUUUUCAAAGUAAUUCAAAUAUUUCGAAAAAAAUUCUCACUUUUUCAUCAAAAUGUUCAUUUUGCAACAGAUCUAUUAAUAGAUUCCGGAAGAAAAAAACCAAACUUUUGAUCACAUUCUUUGGAAACCAAUCCUAUGAAAAAACUUUGAUUUUUUGAAACUUUAGAAAAAAUAGAAAUUCUGACCGAACAUGUUGAAUUCAUAACUUCUCAGAAAAAAAUGUUUCAUAUGGAUUCUGUAUCUAGCAAAAACCAAACAAAAAAACCGAAAUCAAACAUUCCGAAUGUUUCUAAACAUAAUGUUUAUUUUCUGUUCCCAAAAACUAUGAUUAUUUUUUAUUUAUGUAUGAUUCAAUUGCUAGUUUUAUACAAAAAAUGUAUGUGGAGUGCUUGAAUUUUUCAACGCUCUCUCUCUCUUUCUAAUUAUGUACUGCGUUCAUUAAUUUUCAUCUUAUGAUAGAAUCGAAUCUCUCACUUUUCUCACAAUUAACAAAACCGAAAAUGUCUAUUGUAACUCAACAAUACCAUUUGCUUUUCUUUUGUGGUUGUUGUUGAAUGGGCCAAUUGAAACCAUUCAAUUUCGUGAGAAAAUAUUUAAAUUUUUUAUCAUUAUUUUGGCCAAACUCUCACGCAAACCGUUUUGAUUUCUGAUGUCAUGACGUGAAAUGUUCAAAGAAGACGAAAACGCUUCAAAUAGAAGCAUAUAAUCAACAAUUUUUCAUGAAUUUUUUGACAAAAAAACAUUUUAUUGCACAAGAAAAAACCAAUUGUUUUCUUUUUUAUAUUUCUCCGAAUCAGAUCGAAACAAUAUUGGUUUUUGUGUCGUUUAAAACGUUUUCUUUUCCUCAACAUUGUUCUACUUUUGAGAAAAAAAGUCAGCUAAAAAUGAAAACAUGGCCUUGGCGCGAUUUUUCAAAUAAUUUGCAUUUUUGUAUUUCCAGUGUUUUUGUAUUCAUCAAAAUCAAUUUCCUCCCCCUUUUUUUCUCAUUUCUUUGUCUGGGCUUUUUUGCCCUUUUCUUCUAUUUUGAUAACUUUUACAAGGAAAGGUUGUGGACCCAAUGAAAAGUUUUCUCUAACUUCGGUAGUUAAAAAAUAAUACCUCCAAAUCCUAGGACCUUCCUUGUUAUAAUUUGGAAUUUCAAAAAUUGAAUUUUGUGAACAACACAGAUCAUUUUAAUAUUUGCCUAACCUCAAUAAAUUCCACCCACUUCAAAAAAAAAUGUAUUUAUUUCUUUUUAUUUUUUUUCGUCAUCUUUUUCUUUAUGUAAAUUUCUCGAUUCCUUAUAUUUAAUAAUAAUUUUUUCAGAAAACAAAACCUUCUCAGAAGCGAAAACCUCAAGGAUGAGACAGUUUAUGCCAGUCUGUAAGUUUACUUGAGAAUAAUUUUAUUAUCAGAAAAAAAUCGAAAAUUUUUGCAGUUAAAAAGCUGGCAUUAAUUGGUUUGGUUGUUUUGGUAUCGAGUGAGUUUUUUUUUAGCUUUUUGAGAGAAAACCUUUGUGAUGAGUCAUAAGAACCUUUUAUCCCCGAAAGAUUAAAAGCUUUUCAAAAAAUUCAAUUUCAAAAAACACACGACAUUUUCGUAAGGCGAAAGUCCAGAAUUUUUUCUUUCAACAUGUUACUUUCAUUUAGAAAAAUAUUCUUUCAGAAAAAAUUGUUGCCGAAAUGUGAACUUUAGUCGUAAAUCUAUUACCCUAAAAUGUUUUGCAAAAUAAUUCAAAACUGAAAUUCUUUUUCAAGUAAAUUUCUGAACAUUUCGAAAUUCCAUUUUCCGACAAAAAAUGGUUUCUAAUUUCAAACGAAAAAUUGUUGUCUAUUCUGUUUUUCAGAAAAUUCCUAUUAGUCACAAAAAUCAAACCACCAAAAAAUAAUAAAUGAAAAAAAAUGCAAAAGCUUUCCAAGUUGUCCAAUUUCAGUGUGUGAAAAAAUGAAUUAUAUAUAUUUUUAUAUAUGCCCAAACCCUAACCAAAAGCAGAAUCAAAUUCAAGCAUAUGUUCAAACAAAUCCGAAUUGAUUUAUUGUUUUGUCUUUUUCACCGUUAAAAUUUUGAAGGACCACUGAAACAAUGCUCAAUAUUUCAUUUUUUGUUUUGUUGCUCGUUUCUUUGUUCGAAUAUUCGAAGACGUGUCCUAUUAUUUUGUACAAAGACUCAACAUUUUUGGGCGUUUUCAGGAUUUUUUUUUCUGAAAAAUUGAGCAACCAGCUGUUAAAUAUCAUUUUCAAAAAAAAAUGUUUUUAAAGAUUAGCGAUCAAAGAUUCAGGAUUAUAAAAAACCAUUUAUAUUUUUCUUGAGCUAUUUUUUUUUAAUGAAAAAAAAAUGUGUUUUCAAAUGAUUCAUUCAAUUCAAAUUCAAUGUGCCUAAUUAGUUUUUUGUCCAUUCAAUUUUAGUCUCUUCGAAAAAAAUUUUGACCUCAUGACUCAAAAAUGUAUAAAUAUUUUAUUUAUGAGCGAUUGCAUCUUAUUUCUCAAAUUUUUUUGUAUAUGCAUAAAUAUGAGAUCUCAAUUUUUAGCUCUCUAGAUGAAAACACAAGGCUUGAAAAAAGUACACGUUGUCGUGGAAACCCUUUGACAUUUUUAAAACGAAUAGAAUAAACUUGAGGGAAAGCAAACGAUUUCUAAUUGCAGAAAAAAAUAUGGAAUCCCCCGUUGAGAUGAAACUGUUGACAGGUGUUUUUAAGAAAAAAGACACAGACACUGACACAGUUUUUUCUAUUCUUUUUUUAUUGUCUGGGUUUCUUCUAUCUCAUUUUUUACUGCAAUAAAUAACAGAACAACACCUAUUUUUGAUUUGUUUUCACCGCCAAAAUUUUAAAAAUUUCUUUUAAAAACAAUUUUUCAGCUCAAACAGUCGAGGAAGCUUUAAAAUCGUCCGAUACCUCAACAGCUGAUUUCGAUUCAAGGUCAGUGACAUUUGACAUAAAAACAACAAGAAUAAAAAAAAGAAAGAGGAAAGAAGAGAGGGAAAAAGUAUGGCUCGCGCUCUUAGUCUCCCAUCCUGCGCACUCUUAUUUUAUUCAAACUCUUCUCUUCCAAUUGUUGCUUUGUAAUGUGAUCUGUUUGUACCACCAGUUUUUUUCCCAAAUGUUACGCACUUUAAGUUUGAGCGUUUUUUGUACCACGAUGUUUUGUUGAUCAUCACGAUAUUUUUUCUUUAAUCGUAGGAAAAACUAAUUUCCUCUAGAUUUUAUACUAGUUUUUCUUGAAGUUUGGUUGAUCAAAAUUGAAACCUCGAUAAAAAAAAUCAAAUUAAACGUCGUCGGAAAAUAUUUAGUGACGUUUCCAAUUUUCAUUCAAUAAUGUAAAAAUGUUCACUGAAUGAAACUUAAAAUUCCCAUUCAAACAUUUUCAGAAUAGAUUAGGUCAAUGAGAGUAGAUGUUUCAACUUUUAUCAACAGAAUUUUUGAAUUUUUCAAAAUUUGAACUUCUAUUGGUUGUUCUUCUAAGCUCCUAGAUGUUUUUCUUCAAAAACGUUGAUGUUUCUUUAUGCUAACUUGUGAAAUAUUAAUAAUAACGAGAUCUCGCAAAAUUCUCCCACUAGAUUUGAGCUAUUGAAUGUUUUAAUUGAUCUCUGAGAGUAGGUCAAAAAAACUCACAUGAGCUUUUUUGCUGAUAGAAGCAUAUUUCUGUUGAAUUCAAUAACUUUUUCUAACUCACUUUUUUUCUAAAAAUUGUUGUGUUAAACAAACUUUUCGUCAUUCAUUAAAAAACUACAAAAAUGAUGUCACACAUCACUAUGAUAAUAAAAUGAAGCAGGAAAAAAGAAAAAAAAAACCGAAUACUAUUUUCUUCGUGUUUUCUCUAACUAACUACACGAACAUUUUCUCACCUUGUUGUUUUUCUGCUUCAUUACACAUGUUUUUUCGACCAGUUGUUGGGACUCAACUAUAUACCCCCUCCCUCCAUUUCUGAACUUUUCUUUUUUUCCUCUAGUUUUUUGUUCUGAAAAAAAAUAUAAGAAAACAAUUGCAGCAUGAAUGGUUCGAUUGAAAUCAACGUCACACAAGAAAUACAGGAUAAGGCCAGACAUUCGUUGGAUCUGUUUCAUUAUAGUUUGGCGGAAACUGGAACUCCUCUUGUUUUUAUGACAAUUUUGCUGGUUAUCACAAUCAUAAAAGGAAGUGAGUUGGAAGUUUGGCUAUUAAUUGUAUGGGAAUGAGAUUUAAAAUUAUUUGAAACGGUUUUUUUAAACCCCCUCCCUCCAGAAAAAAUAAUAUGUUUAAUACAUAAAAACUUUAUGAAAGAUAAUAAUUAUGUAGCGGAUUAUAGUAUCGGAAUAGUUGUGUGAGCCAAAUUAUUGAAUUUGAAAUUCAGAAAAGCAUCAAUUUCAUUUUUUUUUGAUUCCAAACUUUGAAGCUUUAGGAUUAGAUUCAUAGGUCCGGAUCAGUUAUUUGUCGGCUAACCUUCUAAUAUAUAUUUUCUUAUUGUCUUAAAAAAAUAUACUAACAUUAAACAUUCCAAAUUGAAACCAACUCAGUCAUUCCAGCCCUUCGUUUGCCAUACAUUCAUUUCAUUCCUGAAUCCGUCUCAUUAAUGGUUUAUGGCCUCUUGAUCUCAUUUGUCAUCUCAAAAUGGCUCGGAGAAUACAAACUUGGAGAUACAAAAAUCUCAGAAGUAAGUUUUUGUUUUGACGUGAUGAUUAUCAUAUUAUGCAACAUCCUUUAGCUCACUAUGCCCCCAUCGCUUUUCUUUGUCUAUCUUUUGCCAGCAAUUGUUAGUGAUGCCGGAUUGUCAAUGCAGAAAGGAGAGUUUUUUCAAAGUCUUCCGAAAACUUUGAUGUUUGCUGUAUUCGGAACAAUUUUCAACACAAUCAUGCUUGGUAAUUUUUAUUCGCUGAAGAUGUUAUCAAUAAUAAUACAAUUUUCUUUUCCAGCGAUAACAAUGUGGACCUGUCAAAAAUUCUACAUUUUCCAAGGAACUCCAUUCAUGAGCUUUUUUCUGUAUGCAACAUUGAUGUCAGCUGUCGAUCCUGUUUCAGUAUUGUCAACGUUCUCGGAAAUCGAUGUCAAACGUCCACUUUUCACUUUGAUUUUUGGAGAAUCAUUGUUGAAUGAUGCUAUCACCAUUGUAAGUUUUGGGAAAACGGUCAUGGUUAUAAAAAUACAUUUUUUGGUUAUCAGACUUCAAAAAAAGAAGCUGAAAUAUGAUAUUUUUAAACAUUUAUUGACCAUAUUUUAUAAUAUCCUUGAAUUACCCUUUUCUAGGUGCUCUACCGAACUGCAUUGAAUGUUAUCAACUACAAUCAAAACUCUGGCGGCUCAACUUUAACCUUCGGUGAAAUCCUCUACGAUUGUUUCCUUCUGUUUUUCUGUGUUUCGUUCUUUGGUAUCUUGAUUGGAUUGGUUGGUGCAUUUGCUGGUGUUCUUCUCAUCAAGUCAGUUUUUUUUCCAAAUUUCAGAUGCACUCUGACAAUCUUUUCAUUGUUUCAGAAGAUUCAGUGGCCAUCAAGCUCUCCUUCCAAUUUUCCAACUCAUCAUUCCAUACAUUCUCUACCUUAUUGCCGAAACUUUCCAUUAUUCCGGAAUUUUGGCUUGUAUUGCGAGUAGUAUGUUCAUGUCACAUUACAUGAAAAGUAAUGUUUGUGUUGAAAUGGAGUUUGUAGUGUUCACAGUUUCCAAAACUUUUGCAUCAAUGUGAGUAUUUCUUAAAUAAAUAGACAGCUUUUAAGUUACGGGUCAGAGAGGCAAUAUUAGUUUCUUUAUACGGAAUAUCAAUAGAUAUGAUUUCUGAUGUGAGGCGAUAACCAAGAACCUUUUAAGCACAAAAUUUUUUUUUGCGGGCGUUCAAAUUGAAAUUUUUUUUAAACCCUGCGUCAGGUUUUUUAACGAGCGUAUUUCGGAUAAUUUCUGGUUGGAAAGUAUGAAGAAAAAUAAAAGAUAUCAAGAUAUUGCUUCAGUCUGACACUUAAUUUUGAAAGUUGUAUAUUUUUUAAUGAUUAUUCAAUCUAGUGUUGAAUUAUUUCAGCGCUGAAAUGAUCAUCUUCAUCUUCCUCGGGCUUUCGAGUGUUGCUCAUUCUCAUAAAUGGGAUUGGAAUUUCAUCAUCAUUUCUUUUCUCGCAUGUUUAAUUAUCCGGGCGAUAAGUGAGUUACAUCACAAACAUAUUUCGAAAAACAAUUUUCUGAAUUUUAGUGGUUGUAUUGUGCUCAUUUGUCUCCAACAAAAUUGUCCGAAAACCGGAUCAAAUCGAUUUCAAAGAUCAAAUGAUUGUCACUCAUGCAGGAAUCCGUGGUGCUGUUUGUUUUGGUUUGGUACAAUCAAUUGAUCCAUCUAUGAUUCAAGAGAAAGAGUAUUUCGUUACAAGCACUCUCAUGAUUAUUGCUCUCACUUCUCUUUUCCAAGUAAGAAUUUUUCUUAUUAUUUUUCUUGAACAAAAUUUCUUUAACUCACGUUUUUAGGGUUGCACAAUCAAGGUUCUUAUGAACUGGCUCAAAAUUGAAGGAGAUAAUGGACUUCCAUUAGAUGCAUCGAACGCUAUGAAAAUCUACAAAAAGUUUGAUAAGAAUGUUUUCCGUCCACUCUUGACAUCCAAAUCAAUGUAUCUUCCAACCGAUGAAACAUUCAAAAAUCUUGGAUUACCAAAAGCCGUAAGCACAGCUCUUCGCAUUGGUGAACGUAGUCACACUGAUCUUGUCGAACAUGGAAAGGCCGCCAGCAUUGCUCGACCAACAGCUUCACCAUUCGAGAAAGAAAUUUUGGAUGAUGAAAAUCUCACCAUUCCAGCUCAACCAUCAACCGGAAGAAGAACACCUGUUCAAGUAAGAAAACAUGUUAUUGAAACAUUUUUCAAAUGUAUUGUUUUUUAGCGCGCUUCAAUCUACUCUCGCCAUUUCUUUAUGCCACGCCCACAAAGUCCACGAGUUUCUGAAGAUGAUAGUGACAAAAGCUAUUUGACAUGUCCAGCUACAAUUCAAAAGAAACGUCCAACUUUCAAUCCAAAUGGUAAUUUAUCAUUUCCAAAAGUUUUGCAGCCUAAAUUAAUCAAACCAAUUCCAGAGGUCUACAACCAAUCAACAUUCUCUGGACCAAUCACUUCUUGCCGCGUCGGAAAACGUCACAACAGCACUGGAGAUGGAGGACUCGAAUUGAAACCAGUUCUCAAAGAACCACCAAGAGAGAAAAAGAGUGAGUUAAACAAAUUCUCUUUCGGAAUUUGAAAUUCAACUAUUUUAAUUUCAGUCAGCCGCACAGUUGUCAGUGGAAACAAAACAUUCGUUGUCGACAACGACGAAUUAUCAGCAAUCGACGAAUCUCCAAAAAAACCGGACCGUGUUGUUUUCAAAACCCCCGACGAAGACAGCCACGAGUCUGAGUAA